AUGUCUUUUUACAACAAUCACUACUAUAAUUUCAACAAAACGUCCCUGUGCAUUAUCGGCCAAUGGCCGUUUCAAUCGCGGCUGAAGAAGAACGCGAUGUUCGCCGUUACGGUGUUUUUCUUAGCCAGUUUGACGGCCCUCGAGGUGUUUUGGGGCCUGCUAGCUGGGAUUACGGAUUUGAGCAUCAUCAUGGAGAACACGUCGCCAUUGUUAGUGAACUUGUUCAUCAUUAUAAAAUUAGUCAACAGUUUCAGUAACAGUUGCAAAAUGAAAGAGCUUCUGGAGCAUAUCGAAGAGACUUGGAAAGAAAUGUACGACGGACCACAGAGUGAAAUAUUACGGCAUUAUGCGGAGGAAAGCAAAAUCCUCACAACACGAUACGCGAUUGGUCUUUACGCGAUGUGGCUCUUCUAUACCACGCCACCGAUCGUUAUUAGUGGAAUGUACACGCUCUUACCGACGAACGAAACAUACUCGGCCAGGCUACUUUCAUUGCUGGGGCAAUGGCCCUUCCAAAAGAAAAGACACAGACGGAUUAUCUUGGUGACAGUGUCGUUUAUUGGCCUAACGCAAGCUCUCGCCCAAAUACUCGCUUUAGUGACGUUACGCGACGAUCUUGAUGCAAUGCUCGAGUGUAUACCACCGCUCAUAAUAGACUCCGCGUGCAUCAUUAAGCUGACGAACUUGGUGUGCAAUUCAGAAAGGAUCAAGAUGCUUCUUAUACACAUACAAAGGGAUUGGCAAUCGUUGGCUAUCAAAAGCGAAUUUGAAAUUUUGCAUAAAUUUUCGGAGGCUGGACGAAGCCUUACCAUCGGCUAUGCCAUUGGCAUGUAUGCAUUUGGCAGCCUCUUUCCGUUUCUCGCGAUAAUCCCAAAAAUAAUCGGCAAAAAUGUAACUUCCGAAUAUGCGACGCGGCCAGUGGGAUAUCCGUAUCACGUGGAGUACUACAUAGACCUCGAAAAGUACUACUAUCCCGUGCUGAUUCAUAAUUACUUAACCAGUGCCAUUCGUCUUACCACCAUAGUCGCGUCGGAUACCUACGUGGCUAUUCUGGUGCUGCAUUGUUGCGCACUGUUUUCAAUCGUCAGAUUUCGACUAGAAUAUAUACGAAAGUGCAUCGAACAAGAUAAGGUGCUCGCUUCGCUCAAGGAAAAUGACAAGUUUUACAAAAAUUUCGUAUACUGUAUACAAAAGCACAUAGAUGCUUUACGAUUCGCGAAGCGCUUGGAUACUGCUUACACAAAAGCGUUUUUCCUGGAAGUCGGCGUAGUUAUAUUGCUUAUGAGUCUGUCGGCUCUACAGGCAACCACUACUACCCUCAAUACAGAUCUUGCAAUUCGGCACGGGGCGUUGAUUACCGCUCAAUUACUGCAUUUGUAUAUGGCGUGCUGGUUGGGGCAGCAACAAAAGAUAAGAGAUAGAAUGGGCGAUAUCGAACAGUUUUUCCAAGACUCGCAUUAUAACAUCAUUCGGGUACUACUGAGUAUUAGUGGCCUAUGGCCCUUUCAUACACGAAACAGACGUUACGCGAUAUAUCUUGCUAUGGUACUGAUACUCGGAUCUGGAUUUAUAUUCGAGAUGAUGGGUGUAAUUGAAGCCAGGUACGAUUCCUUCGAAGUGAUCGAUGCUUUGCCGUUGUUUUGUUACGCUAUUGUGACCCUAAGCAAAACGUGCUAUGCAGUAUAUACGUUACCAAAGAUAAAAAUGCUUCUAAUAAAGAUGCAAGAGCUCUGUCUUUCCCCAAAGUCGGACGAGGAAACUAAGAUACAGAACUCGCACGCGCGAUAUGGGCGAAAAUUAGGCUACAUUUAUAUGGGCUUUAGCGCACUUUAUCAACUUUCGACAUUAGCGAUGAGACUUCUCUACGCGGAAUCCAAAGAGACUCAUGAGACAUCAAAUAAAGAGCAAAUAGGACUGCCUCAUCGCGUUAAUUACAUGGUCGAUUUAGACACCUAUUAUUAUCCAAUUUUUAUUCACAGCGCCGUAUGCGAUUUUUCUCUCGCGUUCUUACUAGUUGUGUUCGAUGUUUUGUAUCUGACAGUGGUCGAAUACUGCUGCGGUUUGUUCGCGUCUUUGAGAUAUCGGUUGGAAACCGCGUUAAUCUUCGAAAACGAUAGGUCGACGAUGACAACUACGAGGGAUAAAUCUUACGCGAAUAUCGCAUACAGUAUUCGUAGACAUACAGAAACAAUGCAAUUUAUUGCUAUUAUGGAAUCAGUAUACAGCUUACCUCUCUUAAUACACAUUGGAUUAACCGUAUUAAUCAUAAGUGUCCUGGAAUAUCAGGUGUUAAACAACAUGGAACACAUUAAUCGUCUUAUAAAACCCACUACCUAUUUAGCCGCAAUUUUAAUUAACGUAUUCUUCGAAAAUUGGCAGGGUCAAAAAAUCAUAGAUUCCAGCGAGAAAGUGUUUGAAUCCGCGUAUAAUACAGAGUGGUACAGUAUGCCGGUAGCGGCAAGAAAGCUUCUCAUAAUGAUGAUGAUGAGAAGUGAAAAACCAUCGACAUUAAAAAUGGGUAAAAUCGUUGUAUUGUCACACAUAACUUUUAACACGGUAUUGCGUACGUCAUCGUCAUACUUUAUGCUGCUACGGUCUCUGUAAUGAAAUUUUGAAUGUAAUAUCA